UACUACGAUCUCUGGUCUGAACAAUCUGCGAAACCAGCUCGCUGUCUCGGCACCAUAAUAAUUAUUAUAAUCGUUCAGUAUCGCAAAAGAAACUCUCGUAUUAUUUCUGAAACCGAUUAUUAUAAACGGCAUUCGCUUGACUAAAGCGCGAGUUUCUGGCUAUUAAUCCGACUAUGAUGACGGAGAAAUCGACGAUUCCAAAGGCUACUAGCAGUGUGUUGGCACUCAGCGUUGCGGAAGUCCUCUUGGCACUUGUGGGAUUCGCAGCAAAUUUCUACAACAUAUUUUACGGAAUAUUCGCUGCGGACGAGAAUGUUCCGAUGGGGCAAACGCUGAUCUUCGUCGUGUCCAUCCCGUUGUACGGAGUACAGCUGGCAUGCGGUGCCCGGUUCAUGCUGGCCAGUGUGCGACUAAUGUGUGGCCAACGAAAUUCCGCCUUCUUCGAUGACGGUGAUAUUCCCAUGUGUGAGUUCGGAAUAUGCCAGAUUUGGGCUUUAUUUAGCUGCGGCCUGUGCCUGCUGGCCUCCAUCUUCGCAUGGUUCAUGCAAGUCGGCUUCGCCGCUAACCGUCUCAUCUCGUCCGCCAAAUUUGACGCCUUGUUUGCCACACCUGGCAGCGUGGCCAAACCCAUACCGGACGCGUGGAAUGCAGUCCAGCAAACUUUCCAUUCCGACCUCCCCGGACACAUGGUCAUGCUGGGAGCCAUUCUGCUGCUGAUCGCCAGUGUCAUCGUUGUGGUCUUCAUCAUUCGGCAACGUAUUUCCGUCCGGAAAGAGCUGAAGUCGGCUGAUCUGAAGGCGGAUGAUCGCAAGGCCUCCAAAGAAGAGCACAAGCUUCUGGCUCAUUCGAAGCAGCAGAACGGAACACCACCGCCACCGUACAGUGACGAAAAAAUGGCCAUGACUGUGUAACAAUAACCGUGACCUUUGCCUGGAUUCACCAUUAAGUUUGCUGUAAAUGACCUUUAACUGAAAUCGUUAAUCAUUUUUCUCGGUUUACACGUCGCUAAAAUGCGAGUAUAAAUGUAUAGAUGACAGUGCUUAAAUAUCUGUCUCGAUAUCUGUAUUACAGCUUUUAUCGGCAGAUUUUUAUGAUACGUCUUCUGCCCCAUAACUUUUAUCUUAGCAUAUAGUAAUGCGGCUCUGUUAAGUGCCUUGACUCCCGAGAUCUUCACCCGCUUGACUAUCAUAAUAAUUAUCAUUACUGAUUCUGGAGGACUUCUUGUUAUCUCCUGUAUUUCCGAUUCACAUUGCCAUUACCGAUUACCCAAGACGCUUAACUCCGGUCACUUCAAACCCACCGCUAGCUGAUCACGCCCAGCCGAUGUGCUUUCUCAUCCAAUGCUUUCCCCGUUGUAGCCAUCCUUGCGCCAUUUCCAGAAGGUGUUCCCGCACAAUCAUGGCUGCUUUUUUACCGACGACUUGCCCUGUUACGCAAUGUUUAGUAUAGCGUGAACACACUAAUGUGUAAUGUGACUGUUUCUAGUCGUUUAUAGAGUGUUGUAAACUAUAUGAGUGUAAUCUUACAAUCUUCACUUUCCCAUAAUAUUAUCGUCCCAUCGUACUUUACAACUCACUUUUACGCCUAUAAAAAAGGCAGCCUGUCAAUGUUAGAGGAUUUGAUUCUAAUGCGACCGACCGAACGACAUUAAACUA